AUGAGUGGGAAUGAAGAGACAAAUCAGCUUUUGGAAAAGGCGGAAAAAGAACAACUACUACAUGAAGCUGUUAAGAAUGGCCAGAUAGAUGAAGUGAAGGCUCUAGUAGCAGGAGGCACAGAUGUUAAUGCUAAAGAUCAAGAUGGAAGAACCCCCCUACAUUAUGCUGCUGAGUCUGGCACAAUAGCUACAGUACAGGUUUUAUUAGAGAUGGGCGCAAAUCCUUUAUUGAAGGAUAUAAAUGAUAACACUCCAAGAGACUUAGCUAAAGAUGAUGAAAUAAAGAAGCUUUUGGAAGAUGUGCCUAUUGAAGCUUCAACUACAGAACAACCUACUGAAAACUCAGCUACAGAACAACCUAUUGAAAACUCAGCUACAGAACAACCUAUUGAAAACUCAGCUACAGAACAACCUACUGAAAACUCAGCUACAGAACAACCUAUUGAAAACUCAGCUACAGAACAACCUAUUGAAAACUCAGCUACAGAACAACCUAUUGAAAACUCAGCUACAGAACAACCUAUUGAAAACUCAGCUACAGAACAACCUACUGAAGCUGCCGGAACUACCACAGAUACGCCAGCACCUAAAUCUAGAGAAGAGGUAGCUUGGUAUCUAAGUCUAGGCCUUGGAAGGAUGCCCAAUGAUCAGGAGUUAGACGAAGCUAUGGGAAUUACUGCAAAUACGCAAGUAUCUAAUGCAGAUACGCCAGCACCUACUGAAGCUGAAGCUACACAACAACCUAUGGACCCCAUUGAAGCUGAAGCUACAGAACAGCCUAUUGUUGAAGCUUCAACUACAGAACAACCUAUUGAAAACUCAGCUACAGAACAACCUGCUGCAGAUCCAACUAUAGAACAACCUAUGGACCCUAUUGAAGCUACAACUACAGAACAACCUGCUGCAGAUCCAACUAUAGAACAACCUAUGGACCCUAUUGAAGCUACAACUACAGAACAACCUGCUGCAGAUCCAACUAUAGAACAACCUAUGGACCCUAUUGAAGCUACAACUACAGAACAACCUGCUGCAGAUCCAACUAUAGAACAACCUAUGGACCCUAUUGAAGCUACAACUACAGAACAACCUGCU